AUGGGCAAGGGCCUCUCUGCUACAUCGCAUUCGCACAGGGUCAGCUCGUACGCCAGCGUGGCUCUACAAGAUAAGGCUUGCCGCGACGCUAUUGUGUCCUACUCAUUGAACCCGCUGAACCUUGCAACGAAGACCUCGCAAGGGGAACGGGUUUACAUUUCAGCGACUUCAGCCAAGUGGAGUGCGAUAUGCUUCUUUGAGCUCGCGCGGCCAGUGUUUCAGCGCACACCGUCGUUGAGCGAAGCCUCGUUUUUCUCGACGGAAGCCGAGGCGGCCAGUCAGCCAAGCGACGUCGUCGGUGAAGAGCUUCAUUCGCGACUCACCCGUACUGACUGGUGCGACUGCGAACAUUGCGUGGUACUCGACAACUUCAGCGAGGAGGAGUGCCUCUGCUGUCGAGAGAUGGGAGACCCUGUCACUGCUGCGCAGCCUGAAGGAUGCGUCACAGAGAACCCGGAGUUCCACCUCAAGUCUAAACAUCGCUGUGCUCCGUACUUCGAACAGUUUGUUGACCAAGAUCAACUGCACCAAGUUUCUAGAUUUUAAACUGCAUUUCAUCGACACCCUCGUUUGCUGGUCGUACAACCCAAGGUCUAACAAAAGUCUGUUGCAUUACAAGAGCG